AGAAAAAAGCAAUCCACAGAAGAUCCUUCUUCGCCCCUCCUCCUCGAGUAACGUUAUUGGCAUUGGCCACCAUACUUCACAUCAUCGCUUAUGUUUUCAGUGAAGCUCAAGGAAGGGCAGAUAUUCAGCUACGAUUUUGAGCGAGAUUAACCCAUGAGACUCUCAGAGCCUGAGCAUGAACCAGGGGAGAGGUGCUUGUUUGUGGACCUCAGUGCCUCAGCACUACCCCGCACCAUGUGAUCGUUACAAGCAUGCGUCUUGUGCCUACAGAGGCCAUGUUUACGUAUUAGGUGGCAGAGAAAAAUGCUCACUGAGAGAUUUCUGGAAAUAUAAUGUGGUCUGUGACAAGUGGGCCAUGCUUCCCUAUGAUAGCGAAGAAGCACCUGAAGAACUGGAGGAGCACACAAUGGUAGCAUAUCAGGGGUUUAUGUAUGUCUUCGGAGGAAUGCAAGACUCAUCAUAUACUAACUCAAAAACACCUCUUUGGGUAUUUGAUACAGUUAAAGAGUGCUGGAUUAACUGGAAAACAGGGAGUGAACCUUUACAGGGAGUGACACCAGCAAACAGAAAAGGGCACAGUGCUGUUAUCUUUGGGUCAUCUAUGUAUGUCUACGGUGGAUACAUUGAUAUAAGAGGAUCAACGAAGGAAUUCUGGAAAUUUGAUUUUGAUUCUAGGGGGUGGUCGCUACUAAGCAGUGUACAAGGUGGGCCUGGUCCCAGACAUGGUCACUCAGCUAUGACAUACCAGGAUUCUAUGUACCUUUAUGGUGGCCUGCAGGGCCUGAGGGAACAGAAGGACCUGUGGAGCUGGAGUUCUGCCAGUCAAACCUGGAGCUGCAUCAAAUUCCAUUCAGGUCCUCCCAGGCUGGUUGGUCACUCUGCUGUAUUGUUGAAGGACAGCAUGCUCAUCUUUGGUGGUGGGGAAACCCAGAGCUCUCCUCAGAGCAGCUUGUGGAGGUUCAACCUGGAAAAACAAACCUGGAAAAAGCUAGCAUUGUUGCCUGGAUCCCCCUCUCUGUGCCGGAUCCAUCACUGCAGCAUUGGCCUAGGCAAGAGUUUCCAGCCAACAGUUCCAAACAGUGUCUAUUUAAGGGAAAUACCCAACUCUCACAUCAUCAAUAACAGGCUAAGACCAUUUAAGAACAAGUGCCAACCAUCCCGCCCCAAUUUGCAUGAGCCCUGCAUUGAGCUCAAGACUUUCCACAUGGACAUUAAGAAGCAUUCACCAGAUUUUAGUAUUACACUGAAAGACACUAAGGUGAAAGGAAGCUGUCUCACCUUUGAGAACCAGGAGGCUAUUAGUGAGAAGCGGAACAGUGUUGACCUGGCAGAAGACACCGAGGAUGCCAUGUUUCUCCAUAUGCCUGACUUGCUGUUAGUUCUGGGUGGUAAGCCUCUGCAAGGACAGCAUGUGAUUUCAGUGUGGCAUAUGACAGUGGCAUAAAUCUGUUGUUUAUAGUGCAUUCUACUUUCUCUGUGAGAAAUUAAUGGGCCUUAGCAACCAUACUAAUAUCCUGUGGGAGAACAAUUGAGUUCAGUCAUGUACAAAGAUUUCACACUGUCUGUAAUUAUUACUGUGACUCUGAGGAACCACAUUCACUCUGAAAGGCACCAAUUAGGGCUUUUAUCUUCCACAGAAUAUGUCAUUAGUUUCUGUAAGAGUUGGAGAUGCUGGUUAACAUUUUACUAUGUAUCAAAAACUUUAUAUUAAAGAGUCUUCACCAAGUGUGAAAUACCUGUCAAAAAGGCUGAUGUGAAUGUUAUUGCAUGCUAGGAAUCAAUCCAAACAUUGUCACGUUUUGUAAUUUGCUUUGUUUGUGUUUUGUUAGAUCCAUGCAUAUUGCUGACAGAACACAUUCAUUUUCCUGCCUUUCCUGACAUUGUUUCAGGAUAGUUGCACUCGAAUGCUUUAAUAAGUAAUGCAUUACAUGAGCAAUGUAUAAUCCAUUUGCAAUAAGCUAAAAUUUGUUGCUCUGCUAAUGUUAAAACCAGCUCAAAUCUUUAUUUAUUUUUUGAUCUGUUUAAAACAGAUAUAAAACUAAAUUUAUAGCAUAUUUGUAUUAAAUAUAACUAGCUUGACCAAAACAUAUUACAAAAAUACAACUAAUUUGAAAAAAUGAGUAAACUAUGCUUGUAGAUCAGUAAUACAUUGUUAUACAUUGAACUGUACUUACAUUUCUACAUGCAUGUAGUCUUUAUUGCCACUUGAGGGCGACAGACUUCGCCAGUCACGCUACACAAAAAUUCAACAAAUGCACAAAACGUAUAGAUACACAGCAUGCUCCAACAAUCUCCUUGACACAUUUGGGUUAUUCUGCACAGUAUUUCUUGUUUAUUGAAAUAAAAGACAGAAAAACACAGUUCACACCUGAAGGCUAAACAGACACAGACCAUCAUCCAUAUUUUUUAUCUUCAAUAUUAAUCUUCUAUUAUGAAAAAUGUGACAUAAGUCCAAGAGAUUUUCCCAUGGCAAGUGACAACCAAAUUGGACAAGAACUGGACGAUGGGUCAUAAUACAGCAUAUCCAUUUUAAAAUAGUAUUGAACUGCAUUUUGUAGAGAAUUUAUUGUUGUAUAUUUGGACAAAUCAUACAUAUAACGCUAAAAAAAGUGUUCAUAUAUACUGAUAAUAUGUAUAAAGUCAUGGUUUGUUCACUUUAGAC